GUUCUUGCACACCAUCCAAUGUUCACGCAAUGUACAGCGGAAAUGAAACUUUGUACUUUCUGACGGAAGUGCUUAUUUUAGCAACAAGCGGAUGAAUAUACACAUAAUAUAUCACCAAAUUAAGAAAAGAAAUGCCCGUAGAAGUUGUAGUUAAAGAUGCCUGUUUCACGGUAGGAGAAGGUCCUCACUGGGACGAAGCUUCCAAAUCUCUGUUCUAUGUAGAUAUAUAUGCAAACAGUGUUUCUCGCUGGGACUCCGUUACAAAGGAAGUGCAGAAGAUCACAUUGGACAACACGAUAGGAUUUGUAAUACCGUCAAAAAAGGGUGGUGUUAUAAUUGGUUUGGGACAAACAAUCUCUCGUCUGGAAUGGGACAGCAAGAAAGUCACUGUUUUACAUGAAGUGGACCAGGACAAACCGACCAGAUUUAAUGAUGGAAAAUGUGAUGCCCGUGGUCGGUUAUGGGCAGGUACGGUGGGCAUGGAAAAUCCACCAGGUAUAAUACAGAAAGGUCAAGGUUCUUUGUAUUCAUUCGACAAGGACGGGUCUGUCAAAAAGCAUUUAGAAAACCUGGACUGUGCAAAUGGUUUAGCUUGGUCAGCUGACAACAAGUCCAUGUACUUCAUCGACUCCAUUCCAAGAUGUAUUUAUGUGUUUGACUAUGACAUAAACAGUGGAACUAUUAAAAACCAACAGACACUCAUUAAAUUUGAACCAGGAACGGAAAGUAUACUAGGAGUCCCUGAUGGUAUGACCAUGGACACUGAUGGAAAAUUAUGGGUUGCUUUUUUCUUUGGUGGACGAGUUGUUCAAUUCGAUCCUGACACAGGUAAAAGUCUAAGUGUAAUCCAUAUGCCAGCACACAGAACCUCAUCUUGCUGUUUUGGAGGUCCAGAUUACGCUGAGAUGUUCGUCACAUGCAGUCGAUACGGAUGCCCGGAGGAAGAGAUAUCAAAGUAUCCAUUGUCUGGAUCUGUGUUUAAAGUGACUGAUCUUGGGGCGAAAGGAAAUCCUCCUAUUCAGUUUGAAGGAUAGUUGAAAACAUUAUGUUGAUCAUGCAUAUAUUUACGAGUCAAUUUCAAUAAUAUUUCGUAUCAUUAUAGUCAUUAUAAUUACAUAUUCGUAUUCUUGCAGGGUGCUGCUUUGUGUGAAAUUCAAGAUAUUGGAUAACCAUUUGGAUCAUAACAGUUUGAAUGGGCAUAAUAUUUUUUAUAUGUAUUUUUUAUGAACCUCAAUUGUUUCAAGCAUCAAAA